GGAAGACGUGGCUGUAGCCGCCGCCGCCGCCGCUCGGCCCCGCCGCCACCAUGAUCUCCCUCUCGGACACCCAGAAGAUUGGAAUGGGACUAACAGGCUUUGGAGUGUUUUUCCUUUUCUUUGGAAUGAUACUUUUCUUUGACAAAGCUCUUUUGGCCAUUGGAAAUGUUUUAUUUGUGGCUGGCUUGUCUUUUGUUAUUGGUUUAGAAAGGACAUUUAGAUUCUUCUUUCAAAAACACAAAAUGAAAGCUACAGGCUUUUUCCUGGGUGGUGUCCUCAUAGUUCUCAUUGGUUGGCCUUUAGUAGGAAUGAUCCUUGAAAUUUAUGGGUUCUUCCUAUUAUUCAGGGGGUUCUUUCCUGUGGUGGUUGGCUUUAUUAGAAGAGUUCCAGUUCUUGGAUAUCUCUUGAAUUUACCUGGUAUAAGCUCGCUUGUAGAUAAAGUUGGAGAAAGCAACAACAUGGUAUAAUGACAAAAGGGCAGAAGACUGAUUCUAAACUUACUGUAUUAUUUAUGAAAUCCUUUUGAAGAAUACUCAGCACAAAGAUUAUGUUGUGUUCAAAGGAAAAGCUUGUUACAUUCUUUACAUAACAGUUUAAUUUAAAAUGUAUAGUCAACAUUAUACAUUAGAAAGGAAGCUCAGCAAGUAUGCUUCUAGGAAAGUAACUCCAGAGUUCAGGAAGUAAACUGAAGAGGUGAAAGUCGUGGAAUAACCCAGGUUACAACUGUUAAAGACUAUUUCUGUUGGUUUUGGAAAACAUUCUAGAGGCAGUGAACCCUUGUGGAACUAACAGUGCCUGUACUUUACCUCCUUAUUUUGAAGGUGCAGUAGAGCAAACAGGCCUACAUUUUUAAGGGUGACCCAAACUUAUCCAACCCUCUGCUUGCUAUCCUCAGAAUGCAAAAAAACAGAGAGAAAACUUCUUGUGUAACAAGAUAAUGCGUUUUUGCAUGAAGGUUAAGAUGACUAUUCAUCUUUAAGUGUAUUAUGACAAAAAAAAAAGGAAACCCUACACGGUUCUGUUUGUAAGCAUUUUUGUAAAUAUGUGGCUGAAAUAAAACAUUGUUAUCUUAAUGUUUCAAAGCCAGAUAUAAGUUGAUUGUAUUUGCCUUCCAUUUUGGAAUAUGCAAAAGGUCAAUCUUUAGUAACUUCAGUCUUAAAUGUUGGUUCUGAACAUGUACGGCUCAACAGGGAACUCUGGAAACUGACUUGCACUCCUUCCAGUUUGUUCUCCUUGAGUCAUGUGUGUUACAUGUGCAUCCUGAUAAGAAUGUAGCCCCUUGUCACUAACAUGAAAUCUUUGAAAUAUGCUUAGUUCACAGAAAAAUGCAUUUGGUUAAGGUGCUGAUGUGAACCCUGUGAAUUGUAUCUUCUCGAAAUUUGAACCUUUGUUUUUAAAUAGUUUGAAGCUGAAGUUUCUUUGUUUACUCUGGAACUACAAAUUUAUUUUUUACAGUAAUAAAAUUAAGACUUAAAGUUCUGUGUAUGUGAGUCUUUGGGGAGAAAGUUGAGCUAAUGGGGCUAACUAAAGAUCAAGUGCCAAUCUCCAUAUGUUUUGUAACUUGUUACUUGGGUUAUCUUCAAAUAAUGUAAAACUUCUAUCAGUCACAACUACAACUUUGCUAGAAGAUCUUGGCUAACCUGGAAUAAAUGUCCCCUACUGAUGCAAGGGUCACUUUUCUGCUUCUAUUGGAAUGUUAAACAUUGUGCACUUUCAAUAGAUUUAGUUACAUAGUGUCCUCACCUAAGAAAAUAUGACCAUUAAGUUAAUUGUAUAUGUGCAGACUUUGGGGGUUUCUGUUGUUUUUAACUUUCUCUUCACUUAAAUGUAAACCUAAAAAAUUUACCAAAAUGGAAUAUUAGUAAUUCAAGUAUUUAUGUAGUCUUAAAGAUCUAAUGACUGUUUUGUUCUUUAUUGUGCAGUUAAAAUUGGUAUUUUCCAAAAUAACUUCUAAGUUAGGAAGAGUCCUUGUAUACCAACUCUUUUGGAAGUUGCUAUGAAGUUUGUUUAUAUUGGACAUUUUCAUUACAACUGUAUAGUAGCCACAAUCUACUAUUCCAGAUUUAUAAUUUCCUUCCUUCUCAAACAUGAACAAAAAGAUUCUGUGAAAGAAAAAAAAAAAAGCCAUUAUAUUUACAAUAAAUAGCAUCUGAAAAAUCAGUGGUUUUAUUUUGCAGUUUACAAAAAUUGGCUAUAUUUGUCUGAUGGCAUGUGUAUUAUAGUUUACAGAUGGGACUAAAUAUGACUUGUGGCUUCUACCUCAAGAAAUGAACCCAUUUUAACUGCUUCUGUAGAUCUGCUGUUUGUUAAAAUGACUUGAGAAUAACACUACAGCAGUUUAGCAAACUCUCCUUGUUUGCUUUGGUAGAGCACUAGUCUACUGUGGGAAUCAAGUACUGUUGAAAGCAAACUGUUCAUCAUUUACAUUAGAAGUGACUUACCUUAAGAUUUUUGUUCUUGUCUUGAAAAAUAAUAUGAUGGGAAAGGUGGGUUGUACCAUGUGACUAUGGAGCUCUAACUGAAAGCAAAUUGCUUUGUAAGCCUAAGUGCUCCAUCAAUAAGAAAUCUGAUUAUAUUUUUCAGAGGUGACAAAUGUGUUGCUGUAUAUGAUCUUUUAGCCUUCUGAAAUGCCAGAAUAUAGGCAGUUCAUCUCACUUCUGUUUAAUUGUUUUAAAUCAAAAGUCAUUUUUUGUCAAAUGUGAACUGUUUUGAAAAGCGCCUGAGGGAACAAAAUUGUAUAUUGAAUUUAGCAUAGUCUUUAUCUCUCAAGGUAACAUUAUCUUUGAGACAGUUUUGCCGAGAUAAAUGUUGAUCACAGCAAAAGUCAAAACAACUUAGCCUUAAAGUGUUUCUGUUGUAAAAAUAUCUUUAACAGAAACAUGCUUAGAAAAUAUCCCCUUUUAAAUGUAGUUUGUAAUUGCUGCUUUGAAAAGCUGAAGGAUGGAUCUUAUUCUGAGCAAAUGAAUAUUGUAAAUAUCCUUGUCAUACCUUGAAUAAAUGGGUACCUUUUUUCUAUAA